AUGACAACCACACCCCCAUCCCUCUUCCUCGGCGCCACCGGCGGCUGCGCCAACGCCUGCCUCGUGCACGCCCUCCGCGCCUCGCAACCCUGCAUCGCCCUCGCCCGCACGCCCUCGAAACUCACCGCCCAACUAGAAUCCCAAGGCUUGACCCCGUCACAACUCGCCAACCUCACCUGCGUGCAAGGCAACGCGCUUUCGCUCACCGACGUCAAAGCCGCGCUCCUGGCGCACUGUUCCGAGAAGCUGCCGGGCAUGAUCGUCACGGGCCUGGGCGGCACGCCGCACCUGCGCUUCGACUGGCGCGCGCCGCUGCAGAUCGCGGGGCUGGAUGAUGCGCAUGUCUGUGAGGGGGCGGCGAGGACUUUGGUGGCGGCGCUGAGGGAGGUGCAGGAGGAGGAAGAGAGGAAGAAGAAGGGGAAGAAGGGGAAUGCAGUGGAGAAGCCGAGUGUGGUUUUCAUCAGCACCACGGGCGUGAGUCGUGGGCCGGAGGACGUGCCGUUGGCGAUGAGGUUUCUGUAUCAUCAGAUGUUGGCGGUGCCGCAUGCGGAUAAGAAGGGAAUGGAGGAUGUGCUACGGGCGGAAGAGGGGGGUGUGUUUCGUAAGGUGAGUGGCGUGAGGCCCACGUUGUUGGCGGGGGCGGUGAGUGUGGAGGAUGGGGUGGGGUGGAAGGCGCUCAGGGCGGGCACGGAGCAGAAGCCGGAGUUGGGGUAUAGUGUCAAGAGGGCGGAUGUGGGGGAGUGGAUCUAUGAGAAUUUGGUCAAAGAGGGAGGGGAGAGGCGGAGGUGGGAGGGUGAGAUGGUGAGUCUGACUUCUUGA